AGCCAUGUCAUAUAUAUUUUUCAAAUUCAUCAAAAUUAUCUGAUUCUUGUGUAAAAGAUUGUUAUUUGGUAAAAAAUUAUGGAGGAUAUCGAACAACUCGAUGAUGUUUUCAAUGAAAAUUUGGAAAAAUACAAACGUUUUAUGAGCUAUUACAAUUCACGGGAAAAAUACCUUAGUACGCGUUGGCUGGCUAAAUUAAAGAAAUCAAAUGCAACAAUUGAGGAUCGAAUAUUAAGAAAUCGCUUUAUUAAAUAUUUUCUAAUAAAUCAAGAAAACGAAAUAAAUAUUUUUAAUUUGGAGCCAUUUAAAGCACUCCCAGAAAAUUUUAAUGAACCUCUAACGAAACUUCAACAUAUUUUACCUAAAGAUCAAUCUGCAGACAUUAAUAGCACCGGUCAUCAGGAAGUUUCGAAUAUAAUGGAAUUGUUCAACAGAUUGCCAGAUGAAGGUAAAUUUCUUUUAGACCAGCCAAUUCCAGUAAAUGGUUCAUUUUUCGUAACAAUUUUAAAUCCAGUUCAAACGAUAUCUUGUCCAAGGCCAUAUUAUUUGUCUCAAUAGAUUCAGCGCUGAUGUAGGAAAUUAAUACAGCUCUAAUUUAAGAAGCAUUCCCUCCUUGAUAUUAUUAUAUAAAAUUAAACUUUUCGCAAAUUACAUAAAUUAAACGAAUAGACGAAAUUAUGUAUAG